AGAAAGCGCGCGCUUUCAAGCGGGCUGGCUUAUUGGCUGACGCUUUUGGCCAUGGGCGUAUCGGCGUGGCUUUUGUCUCCUUUGGAUUUCGGCUCAGUACGUAACCGCUUGUUUCAUGCGCGGCUGCUUAAAGCAGAAUGUGAUAGGUUCGUUCCGGGCGUCAAUUAAAGGAUUCACUCCGCCUCAAAGUUUUUAAAACGCGCCUCGUCGCUCGGACGGUAAAGUUGAUUGGCUUUGGGAUCUAUCAUUCAGUGGUAACGUAAGAAGGCCAUGGCGGACGGUUGUUGGCUCAGUCGGUACUCCAGGAAAGGAGGUGUGUCUCGCACUGCCACGGAAGGCGGGCCCUUUGGCGUUUCCUUUGUGUGGGCACCAGUGGCUGGCUGCGAGCGCGCCUGAGGAGGAGUAGAAGUCGUAGACGCCAUUUUGUACGUUUCCUUUCCCCACCCCCUUUCCCCGUUCUCUGCCGGUGGAUCUGGGCCGACCUGUCCCACCACGAACAUUGCCUCGUAGCGCCUGUCGAUUUUUGUCCGGCGGCAGCUGCCCCCUACCGGCGGCGGCAGCAGCAGCGAGGAGGAGGUGUGUGACGGCCGCGUCUCCGGCAUGGAAAACUCCCAGCUUUGUAAGCUGUUCAUUGGCGGCCUGAAUGUGCAGACGACGGAAGCUGGGCUGCGAGAAUACUUCGAGGCCUACGGGACCCUAACCGACUGUGUGGUUGUGCUCAACCCACAAACCAAGCGCUCCCGAUGCUUCGGAUUUGUCACAUACUCGGCUGUGGAAGAAGCCGAUGCCGCCAUGGCUGCCUCCCCGCACGCUGUCGACGGCAACGUGGUGGAGCUGAAAAGGGCAGUUUCCCGCGAGGAUUCCGCCCGGCCCGGCGCUCACGCGAAAGUGAAGAAACUCUUCGUCGGCGGCCUCAAGGGGGACUUGGGGGAGAACGACCUAGUGGAACACUUCAGUCAGUUCGGCCCCGUGGAAAAGGCCGAGAUAAUCUCCAACAAGCAGAGCGGCAAGAAGCGGGGCUUCGGCUUCGUCUACUUUCAGAACCACGACGCCGCUGACAAGGCGGCCGUGGUCAAAUUCCACCCCAUUCAGGGCCAUCGGGUGGAGGUCAAGAAGGCCGUGCCGAGAGAAGACAUCCAAGCAGGAGGCGGCGGCUCUUCCAGGUCGAGUUGGGGCGGACGGGGAAGAGGAAGGGGCGGAGGUGCCGGCAACCGGGACCAUAAUGGGCUCUCCAAAGGAGGAGGCGGCUACAACAGUUACGGAGGCUAUGGAGGAGGAGGAGGCGGCGGAGGAGGAGGAGGAGGCGGCGGCUAUGGUUCGUACGGCGGCGGCUCUUACGGCGGAGGUGGCAGCGGCGGCGACUAUGGCAACGGGUACGGCGGCUUCGGCAGCUACAGCCAACACCAGUCGUCCUACGGCCCUAUGAAGAGCGGCGGUGCAGGUGGAGGCGGUGGCGGCAGCUGGGGCCCCCGCAGUAACAGUGGACCAUACAGAGGCGGUUAUGGCGGGGGAGGUUAUGGAGGCGGCUCUUUCUAAGCGGGAAUUCCCACCGAUCCUUCUGGGGGACAUUACUUUUGUCUGCAUGGAGUAUGUUCUCCGUUUGUACCGGGCCGGGCCGGGCUUUCAAUACUUCCCCUACACUUCGCCUAAAGGCACCUUCAUACAAAAAGGUUCCAGUAAUGCGAAGCAGAUCUCGAAUGUUCCUGGUGGGGUCGCUCUGCUGCCUGUGUCACUUUCUUGAAGAUGUACUGGGUCUUUUCACACAACGAUUUUGUGUUAGUCAUUGAUGGACUCUAUUUUUUUAUUGCUUGGACAUUAGUCGUUUUUUAUACUAGGAACAAGAUAUUGUUUUAAUUUUGGUUUAUUGGGUUGGGAGGGAAAGUCAUGAUUCUGAAGUAAAACUUGGGAGGGAAAGGGAAUUAACUUUGUAAGGACUUGGAAUAUCUACACAUUUUUUUCUACAAUGAUUCCAUCGCUGUAAAAGGGGUUAAAUCGUUUUUACAUUUUUAUUUUUUAAAUAAAUCAUUGUGUUCUUUGACCUUUACAUGUCUUUUUUCCUAGGGUUCAUUCCGUACAUUUCAAACAAAAGUUUAAGCCAGUAAAACUUAAUGAUGCUUAAGUGGCUACAUGAGUUUUAAAAUACUGCUUUAUUUCAAGUAAAGAGCCCAACUCUUGCUGCCUCACUACAUUGGUUUUCUUACUGCUAAAGAGUUUGUGCCAGUUUUUGAAAUAUGUUGGUGGAUGAAGUUGGUUAAAAUACCUUAUUCUACAUCCACAGUUUUGCAGUUGGGCAUUUGCCUUGCAAACACAGUUGGUCUGUUUUUUUAUAUAGGGAAAAUGUUCUAACAUUUAAAGCAUGUGCUUUUUUAUAUAUACAUGUUCAAAAUGUCAGAUUUCGUAGUUUCACAUUGUGUUAUUUAUUGGCUUGUCUGUAACAAUCCAUUUUUAAAGGGGAAAAUGCUUUCCCUUAUAAAUAUUUUGUUUGCAUAUUGAAGUCAUUUCAAUUGGAUACUAUCUUAAUUGUUCUUAUUAAAAAAGCCAAGUAUUAAAUAGAGUGCCAUCUACUGGCAGGCUAGUUGACUUGUGUAAGUUUUAUUAAAAUAAAUUGGCUCUCAGGAUUGUAGACCAUUAGAUGGCCGGAGUUAAAUUAACAUGCCAAUAAAAUAGAUUGGCUAAAAUACAAAAAAGUAAAAUUAUUGAUUGACCAAUUUAAGUAUUCAAUUUUUAAAAUUUGUGCUCAGCGAACAAUAAAUGAGCCAGUAACUUAGGCCAAUUGUAAAUCAAAAUUUCUGUAGUCUGCUUGAUGUAUUUGUAGCCCUUUCACAUAGUAGAAUUAACGUUUGUUGUUCUAUUAACAAUGUUCUAGACAGAAACUGACUUCCUGAAUAGAAAUAUAGAAUAGUUAUGAAUAUUGCAAAUAAAGAAUUGAAUUCUUCACAUGCUUCAGUGAGUAUGUAUGAAAUGACUAAAAUAUUGAUUUUAUAUUAGGAUUUCAACCAAAGUAUUUUACUUGAGCUGCUUUAUAUUUCAACAUUUGCUAAAUCAAAAUUUUACAUAGAACUGAGGUGUUAAAGACAAAAUAGGUUAUAUUUUAAAAGUUUAUUUGACCCAGUAGAUUUCAUUAAAUAAAGUUCGAUAAUUUUUAAUAGGUGAUAGUCAUGAUUGAAGAUAGGAGCUAGCUACUGAACGUCCUGAUGUGUCUUUGAAUACACAUUUUUAGUAUCAUUUACUCUGAAAGGUCAGUGAUAUUAAAUUGAAAUAACAAUAAGUUGGCUUACUUUGAUGCCCUACACUUCUAUGUGUACACCUGUAAAUUUGAUUUCUACAGCAAAUAUUGGUUCAGUGUGAUAUGGAAAUUGAUUAAAUUAUCUGCAGCUUUGUUCUACAUAAGCCUUAGCAAAGUUCUAAUUCAGUUAGAACUACACAUACUUUAUCCAUCAAUACAUUCAAUUUUCUAGAUUUAACAAAAUAUAAAAAAAAUUAAAAGUUACGCUGUACAAAAAAUCUUGGGUUGAAACAGUUUGAAGCAAAUUAGAACUGGAGUAGGUGGCCUAACCAUGUUGAAUAAAAACUAUUCUGGUUAUUUCAUUAAAUUUUAGUGCCUUUAUCUUUUGAGGGAAGAUAAGGUACUACUGAAGUCAGAUCUCUGGGACCCUUGCCUAGAACAAAAACUGGCUUUUAAAAAUUAUUUGCCUUGUAGCUAUAAUUUGUAUAAUAACCUUCUGACUUUUCAGGCCCUUAAAAUGCUUUAUUCUAGGCUUGAUAUAAAGGUAGGCUGAUUAUGCUAAAAUUAAGUGUAAAAAAAUCCAGUGAAAAAUGCCAUUGUCUUUUUUAAAUGUGUGGUUGGUUGCAUCAUUUUCUUUAUCUUCAGCAUUAGAGUUUACAUUUUUUUACACCUGGGGUAUGUUUGUCUAAAAGAACAGGACUAUACACAGCUCUCAAUAAUGUAUAUGGAUACUCCCCCCAUAAGGGGUAAAUUAAGCUGUAUUAACAGAUUUGGUGAAGAUAAUGCAGUGAUGUUAGAAAUUGUUAUAUGCAGACCUUUGCAAGCUACUUUUUUGGACAGUAAAAUUUAAAUGCUUAUAAUACUUUUCUGUUUUCCAAAAGUACAUCAUGGUGAUAAAACACUGUUCGUUAUAAUAGUAAAAACAGUUGUAUAUUGCCUGUAAUGCUGUCUCCUCAUAUUAUGACCUUUCAAAUCUUCUGUGAGAGAAUAAUCUCAUAUAAUGAACUACAAACUUUUAAUAGUGAUUCUUAAAUAACAGGUGCUAUACACCCACACAGAGGUUGAUUACCAGCAGGAAAUACUUUUUGAGUCCUGAAUGUAUAAAAUCUUACCUAUAUAUUUGAAAGUAUGUACAUGAUUCAAUCAUACUGUUCAUUACUGUUUGGUUAGGUCAGAAUAUCUGGUUUUGUCUAGUUUUCAUAUGACAGAGGCAGAAUUUGCCAAUUUUUAUACAUUAUAACUCGCUCUUGAGUAUUACAAAAAUUAACAGUAAAGUUUUAACAAAACAAAUUUAAAUUCCACUAUUUGAAAUUUCAAUUAUGUAUUUUAUUGCAUAUAUUCUAAUUAUAUAAACCUACCUUCUUUUGUAUUGGAUGCAAGAAGCUGACUACCCUAACAUUUUGUACUUUAUGAAAGAAUGAGUUAGCAUAGAACAUUGAAGACCAACAUUUGGCAUUAAUAAUGACAAGUCUAAGAACUGUAGGUAACCUGAAACUCUUUAGUAUGUGAACAGUAUCAUAGAAUCCAGUGACAAUUCACAUUUUUUUUACAAGUGUUUCAAGAUAAGCUGUGUUAGGCUGUUCAUGUAUGGCAGUGUGCGUUGAAAUGAGGGCUGUGUCUUCAUAGAUCAUAAAUUUGAACUGUUGUUCUUUUGGAAAAUAAUACUGGUGAUAUUGAAAUAAAUUUCGCCAAUCAACCUUAA